AUUUAAAUAAAAAAAUGUUAAAAGAAGAAGAUAAAGGGGGAGGACAACAGCAACAACUCCCUUCACCUAUUGGACAUGUUUUCUUUUCUGGAUUAAAUGAACCUUGUGCUGUAGAUUCUGUUGUUGAAAUUGUGGUAAAUACAAGAACAACAUCAAUUAUUGGGGGAGAAAUAGAAGCAAUUAACAGUGGAAAUAUACAAAUAUAUGUAACUUCCCCCCAAGGACUUAAACGAAAUUGUGAAGUAAUACAUAGGGGGAAUGCUUUUACAACAACUUUUACACCUGAAAGGAUUGGAAAAUGGCUUAUUGGAAUAUUAUAUGAAGGGGCACAUAUUGAAGGAUCCCCCUUUUCUUGUUUUGUUUUUGAUCCCGAUUUGGUGCAUGUUUCUGGAUUGGAUGUUGGAUUAGUUGGACACGAAUUAAAAUUUACAAUAGAUGCUGCUAGAGCCGGGAAAGGAACUGUUAAAGUAUUCUCUUCAAUUAAUGGACGUCCAAUAGAUACAGUAAUUAAAGAGGAACCUCCAAAUUCAAAUGUUUAUCGAGCCAAACUUGAACCUCAAGGCCCUGGCAAAUAUAAAAUACAAAUUGAUUUUAAUAAUAGAGAUGUUAAAGGUUCUCCAUUUAUUCUCGACAUUGCUGGUACUGAAGAUGGAAAUGGGGGUAUAUCUUCUGUUUAUGGAGAUCAAUUACAAAUGGCUGCUGUUGGCAGACUUGCUACUUUCUUUGUUCAUGCCCCGGGCAUUGAAUUGUCACAAAUUUCUUCAACAUUUACUACUCCAAGUGGUGUCAAAAGGCAUGCCCGAAUAUCACCAUUUGAUGGACAAACAUUUAAAGUUGAAUGGAAUCCAAAUGAAACUGGAGAGCAUUUAAUUGAUGUAUUUUUAUUUGACCGUCAAAUACCUGAAAGUCCUUUUAGCUGUCAAGUUGGAGAUCCUGAACUUGUUUCUGUUAGACGAAUGCCUCAACAAAUUGAAGGGAAAAAUUUAAAUAAGCCCCACACUUUUGAAAUUGAUGCAACAGCUGCGGGUUCAGGAAAUUUAGAAAUUGUAAUUAAUAAUGGAAGGGUUGCUUGUCGGGUUCAUGAAACAACAUCUAGACAUUUUAUUGCAGAAUUUACUCCAACACAAGAAAUUAGACAUUUUGUGGAAAUGAGAUUUAAUGGAGAACAUGUUCGAGACUCUCCUUGGUCUAUUCCUUUUAUUGAAAGUUCUCCUUCAACAAUUAAUAGAUCAGAUAUACAACAACAACCUUUAAUUUCUCCAAAAACAAAUGAAAAAGAAGACAUAAUAACAGAAUUAAUUGGUUCUGGUUUGGAUAGAGCUAUUGUUGGGGAAUUGGCACAUUUUGAUGUUAGAUCUAAUAUUCGUUUACGGACAACAAAUGUUGCUGUCAGAAUUGUUGAUAUUGAAAGUGGGAGGCCUAUUGAAAAUUUAUUUUUAACUGAAAGAGGGCCUGGAACUGUUAGGUGUGAAUAUACUUUAAUGAAGGCUGGUGAUUACGAAGUUUCUGUGUAUAUAGAUGACCGUUUAGUUGAUGUAGACCAAUUAAUUAUUUCUGCUUUCGAUCCUCGUCAAGUACAUGUUAAAUUACGUGGAAGUGAAGAAGAUUAUAUUCCUGACAAACCUGUCCAUUUUAUUGGUAAAUUUUAA